AUGUGUCCUUAUGACUCCACAGUCCUGGUUCUGUUGGCUGUCGCCGUGGCAGCAGAGCAGAAGAGGGAAGCUGAACCCCAUUACGGACAUGCUGGACACUACGCCACCCUUACCGUGCUUAUGGCUAUGGCUACGGCGUCCCUAGAGGUCAUGUGCAAAUUCUCGGUUUAUAUUACCUCGUAUGACAAGCUGACAUAUGAGGGGAAACGGAUUACUGAACAUAGUUUUCCGUAUGACACACCCAUUCACCUUGAAUCGUCGAGAAGGGAGAAUAUGGACGAUUGUUCAUGGACAAACGGAGGCGAGGACACAGGUGUUGUGGGCGGAGUCAGAUGGUAUAUAAGUCGUGUCCAUCCUUCCUUCGCCACUCCACACCCUGAAGCCUCCGCCAUGAAGUUCCUGGUUCUAGUUCUGUUGGCUGCCGCCGUGGCAGCAGAGCAGAAGAGGGAAGCUGAACCCCAUUACGGAUAUGCUGGACACUACGUCCACCCUUACCGUGCUUAUGGCUAUGGCUACGCCGUCCCUGGAGGUCAUGUGCAAGUACACGCUGUAGGGAAACGUGAAGCCGAACCAGAAGCUGAACCACAUUACUACGGAGGACACUAUGGAGGCUACGGCUACCCCUACGGACAUCUCUAUGCCCCUCACGCCCACUCCUACGUCCACACCCACGGCAUCGGCAAGAGGGAGGCUGAGGCCGAACCAGAGCCUCAUACGGAGGCUAUGGCUAUGGCCUUUACCGACCCUAUGGUUUUGGCCUCUACCGUCCAUUUGGCUACGGCCUUUCCGACCUUUUGGCUAUGGAUACUACGGGUAAAUCAUUUCCGUCAUAUUCCCAAUAUCGAAAAAAAAAUAAAGACAUGCAUUGACUCUGCUCUUAUUUCCAAAUCCAUGAACAAUGAAUACCAUGUUAUUAAUAACAAUGAGAUACACGUGGAGAAUUUAAAUAUUAGAACCCCAAGCUAA